AUGACUGAAGAAAAUAUUGAUGUAACCAAAGUGUGGACUGUUCUCGACACGCUUUCCGAUCAACAAGAAGCCAUCGACAAGGAAGUCUCUGCCUAUAACACAAAGAAACUACAGCCUUAUUACGCUGCCAGACGAAGCAAGCUGCUAGAGAUUCCUGACUUUUGGUCGUAUGCUGUGCGGGGAUCUGCGGAGCUUUUGGACCAGUACAGCACCGCUGAGGAUAUCAGUCUUUUAAUGUCGCUCAAAGACCUUUACGUGGAGUACGGAAAUGAGAAGCCUGAUGAUUUUACGAUUGAGUUCGUGUUCCAUCCAAACAAGUACCUAGAUGACGAGAGCUUGACGCUUCGCAAAGCCUUCACGUACCGCACCAAGAAGACCACCAAAACGUCUUCCAAGGAUGAUGACGAUGAGGAUGACGAGGAUAAUAAGGAUGAUGAAGGAGAAGAAAAAGAGCCUUGGUACUUGCAGCUGCUUGAGAAGGCAAGCGAUCGUGCGCUCCAAAAGGACAACAAGGUACAUGUCUCCGAACCUGUUACCAUUAAGUGGAAGAAGGGUCAGAACCUGACCAAGUUGACCGGAACUGGCAUUAACUCGUUGUUUGGCUGGUUCGGUUAUGUGGGCGAAGGUCCCGGCGACUUUCCCUCGGGUGAAGAUCUCACCCGCAUCAUUGUGGAACAGUUAUUCCCCUUUGCUACAGAGUACUAUCUGGAAGGUGUCAAGGACCAAGCCCAGGUCGAGGCUGAGUAUGAUCUUGACGAAGAUGAGGAGGAGGAUAUUGGCGACGACGACGCAGAUGAGAUUAAAAACAAGAAAAAGCACUCAGAGAGUGAAGACGAGGAAGAUGAACCUUCUAAGAAGAAAAUCAAGACCAAGUAA